AAGAAAAGAUUAAAGAGAUAGAAAAGAAAGUUAAAGAUAAGAAAAAAAAAGUUAGAAACUUGGAAGUAAGAAUUAAAGCAGUCAAGGCCAAGCAAGAAACUAUUGAUGAACUAGAAGAAUUUGCCAAAGAGAGAAUAGACAUUAAGGCUAGAUCUAAUUCUUCAACUAAAAACCAUGAUGAUGAUGAAGUAGAUGAAGUAGAAGAAAUUAAUAAAUUAGAAUUUGAGAAAAGUCUGAUAAAUAAUGAAGAGGAGAAUAAAAUUUUGGGUAUUGAAAUAGAAGAUGAUAUAGAAUUAGAUGUUGAAGAUGAAAUAGAUAAUUCUGAAAUUGAAGAAUUUGAAGAUGAAUACAUGGAAAUUUCAUUUAAAUUAAUAAUUAGGAGAGAGGAUAACAGAAAAGAAAACGAUUUAAUU